AACAGUACACGACGUGUACGUACGAGUAUUGUGAGGCGUUUGAUUUAUUUUAGGGAAGGGAAGAGUGACUGUCAUUGACAACUUCCAUAUCACUUUCAGAUUAUUCUGCAUAGCACUCUUGGGCAGGAGCUGGUUAACCAUUCAUUUCAAGAAUUAAAUAAAAAUGGGUGAAAAGGAUAAGGAUGAUGGAAUCAGCAUGAAGAGCGGUGGAUUCAAAUAUCAGAACCGCAAGAAGCUGAGUCAACGGGAAUUAAAUGCAAUGCAUCCAACUCAAAGGAGCAAAUAUUUAGCAUAUGAAGAUCCACCAAAAGAAGCGACAGAAGCCAUAGCCAGCUCCAAGAAGAGGGUUCUAGAUAUAAGCAAGAAAGAGGUGGAAGAAACAAGAACAGAAAAUCAAGUUGAUAUGGAGAAGGAUAAACACAAUCAGUUGAUUGGGCAACUCAAAGCUGCUGAAGCUAGGAACAGAUUACGGGUCAUGAGACUAAGAUACCAAGCCAACAGAGCUCAAGAAGUAAAACAUCUAAUAUCUUGCCAACCAUCUGCCAUCAAAGCAGUCAGACUACAAGCCAUGGUCCCACAUGUACCAGACAAGAAUAGUCCAUCAGAUACACUGGAUAAGCUAGAGAGAACACGAGUGGAGACUCUUUUAGAAGAUGAGAGAGGGCUGACUAUCGACAGAGAUCUGAGCUGAUCAAAACAGAUGUAAUCCUCAAUCUCCAUAUUGAUACUGCAUUUGAAGAUGUUGAAACUAGACGUUAUAUACACUGUAUGUAUUGUAAUAAAAUGAAGAGAAGAAAGAAAACCUGAUGGA